GGUUUAGUUCGAACGCAGCCGCGGUUCGGUUCGUAACUCACAUCGAGCGGUUGGCUUCUACUUUGUUAGAGGAGAUCUUGGUAGUUUGAUUUAGUCGAGUUUUUCAUCCCAGGGAUCGUGCGUAGAUGAAGGGAUUUAGUACCGCCUCUUCGUCAGUCAGCGGAGCAUUCACCGCGUUACGCGUCGUUAAGACAAAGUGUUUGGCGAAAUCUUUUAUUCGCGUGGGAGGAUUGUUUGCGAUACUUUAGCAAGGAAUUUCCCCUGACUUAGUAGCGGCGGAAAAACAAGGAAGGAUCAGCGCAGUGCGAGAAGGCCUGUUCAACAACGCACGGCUUAUAUCUAGAAGGAAGUGUCGGUCGAUCCAAAACUAAGCUACUCAGAAAAAUCUCGUUUGCACGUUUUCCGGCACACUCGUUGCUAAUACCGGGGGUGAAAGAUCUGUGAUUCAGCUGGUUGUUUAUAAAUAUUUUGAACGCUUCCGAUCGCGCACCCAUCCACGGAUCUCUCAUCGGUACGAUCAUCAGGAUCGUUGUUGAAGAGUGGUGCCGAAAAAAACGGUGAAAAAUCGAAAAGUCGUUCCUCUGGAAAAAAGCGAGUGAGUGGAAAUGCAAGUGGUGUGAAAAAUUUUGUUUGAGCUAAACCAAUCGAUCGCUUGUUUGCCGGUCGGUUUCAUCUGAAGAGUGAAACGAGGGAUAAAGAGAAGCGUGUCCAACAGUGUCUAAACAGCCAAUGAAAGCGUUCUACUAACAAACCGCCCGGGAAAUCUCACCAUUCUAUCAGACGCCCACCAAAAAGCGAGCGGUGCUUCAAGUGGUUUCAGUGUCCCACACCGUUUGUGCCGAUGAUUCGUCGAACAAAACUAAGCACAUUGUGCCUACCACACACCGCAAGCUGAUCCACCUUCCGAGCCGUGAGAUAAACAAAAUACUCCCAAACAGUUGUGAUAUAAACGACGUCGACGUUUAAAUUGAAAAUACUCAAAUUAGAUUAGUAGGAAGCGGAUAGGAAUUAACAAAAAAAAACAAUUCGACAAUGUUGAAUCGGUUUCGAGCCUGCAAGGAAAAGCCGUCCAAAUCGGAGAGUAUCUCCACCACGGCCAGCACGGUGAUACAGGAUGCGACGAAAGACAAUCGCAAGCUGAUCCUGGAUAACAGCCGGUGGGAGCGACGGUUACAAAAAGAAUUAAUGUCCCUCAUCAAAGAACCCCCACCAGGAGUGACGGUAGACGAGGAAAGCGUUAGUCAAAACUUAACACAAUGGAUUAUCAACAUCGACGGUGUCGAAGGCACGCUGUAUGAGGGAGAGCACUUCCAGCUGUUAUUCAAAUUUAAUAAUAAAUAUCCCUUCGAUUCGCCCGAGGUCACGUUCAUAGGUUCCAAUAUUCCCGUGCAUCCGCACGUCUACUCAAACGGUCACAUCUGCCUAUCGAUUCUGACAGAUGACUGGUCACCGGCGUUAUCAGUGCAAUCCGUGUGUCUCAGUAUAUCGUCGAUGCUGAGCAGCUGCCGGGAGAAGCGGCGCCCGCCGGACAACGGAAUCUACGUCAAAACCUGCAAUAAGAAUCCCAAGAAGACCAAGUGGUGGUAUCACGAUGAUUCCGUGUAGAGUUGGUCAACACCCGGUGAUUCAUUUCCUUUUAGCUUAAAUUAACGCAAGCUAAUACAAAAUCAUGUAUAAUUUGUUCCCUGUUCCGAUUAUGACGCGAGCUUGCGGCAGUAGUAGCCCGGUUGCAGCAAUCGCCCUAGCCCAGCGCAUUCAAACGAAACAAUAACAAGUACAGUUGAAAUAAAUGCGAUUCCUAGGAAAUAGUUUUGUAUAGACCGAAUUAUUGUCAAACAGGAGAAAGACUAUUAGAUAACAAUAAAAACAAACAACACAAUUAUUCGUCCCACGAACAACAACGCUAGAAAGCAAACUACCUAAGUCAAAAAAAUAAAGAAAUUUCGUAAACUGUUGCUCAUUGCUCAUCGAAGCCCCACCAGGUUAUAGUAAACAAAUAAUGAAUUGCACGUUUUCACCUAGCAUUGCAAUACGAAAUUGUUACAAAUUAGGUUAAUAUCGAAUGUGUACGAAGCGUUGUCAAUUCUCUUCAAUUAAGGCGAGGAGCUAAAAGGUAAAAUUCCCCUUAGAUGGAUCAACUUAUUUUAUAAUUUCGAUCCUUCAUACCUUUAGCCAUCUUGGAGUAGUAGAAGAUGGAAAACUGCAAACAAUGUGUUAUUUAUUACAUCCUGUUCUAUUAAACAAUGUUCAGUGCUUAUAUUUAUAUCACGUCUUGUUUACCUUGCUCCGAUUGAGAUUAUUAAUGAAAAAAAUGACUCUAUGUAAUAGAAUUUCAAUCUGAUUUCAUUGUUCGACUUUCGAAUUGUAGUGUAAACCAACAGAAUAUAAUCGAGCACAUUCCUUCUUUAUAAUUGAAUAUGAAAUUACCAAAAAAAAAAGUGUAUUAAGAUUGUUUAUAGUAGAAUUUGCAGGAGAAAAUACUAUUCACACCAAAAAACAGUUCAAAUUUUUUUAUUCAAACUUCCGUGAAAUACAUUUUUUAUUCAAAACGAUGAUAAUAAAAUAAAAGAAAUAGUAGCAAUCAAAGACACCAUUUUUAUAUAACGUAGUUUAUGAUUGAUCUAUCGUUUCGAAACAAUUCGCAACCGUUAUUUUAUUACUAAAUUAAUCAAUUAUCUGGACAAUUCCACCCUUCCACAUUAGCAAAAAAUAAACACACGUAAACGAACCUAACAAAAUCGGUGCAGUUCACCUCUAUUGGUCGUCAAUUGAUUCCUAUCUAUGAUCUACAGAUAACAGAAACAGCCUACGUCUUGAUAGACUAUCGAUUAAACUGCAACAAACUAGAACACGCAAGCUAAUAGGAACAAUAAUUUCGAACGGAGAAGGUACCUACCUGCAAACAAUGUCACGAGUGCGAGUGUGCAAGCGUUGAUCGAAUGACCUGAACCUUGGUUUCGGCUUCAGGGCUUAUUAGUCAGAACAUUAAUCCAAAAAUUACAAAACGGCAAACAAAAAUCUGUGAGAGUGAUCUAGUUGUUAGAAUGAAGGUGAUCACAAAUAAAAGGCGAGCAAAUUAAAUUUGAUUCACAGCACUUGUUGUUUUAAACGUGUAGGACAAACAUGAGAGGCAAUUUCGCGGCGAAAUCAGAAUAAGAAAGUGUUCACUGUGAGGUGGAAACCAUGAUGUGUAUGAUAUGUACUGGAUAAUUACUUAUAAACUAUUAGAUUUUAUUUUACUAUAAAAGAAAAAUAGUAGAAACGUGAAUGCAUAUAGUUAUUGAAAGAUGAAA